AUGUCAAAGUACAACACGACAACAUCAACAACAUCAACAACAUCAACAACAUCAACUACAACAACUACAUCAACUACAUCAACUACAUCAACAGCUUUGACUAAACGGAUAUAUGGUUGUCUUCAUUUGGGCUGCUCAAGGUCCUUAAGAGAUUAUCAUGAGAUGGUCAAACAUUGCUCAAAGGAUCACGAUUGCAGAGCAACAUACGCAUUGUGUCCCAACAGUAGAACGUAUCAGACAAGAUUGUUCACGGCUGAUCCCGACGACAAGGACUCAAUCGAUAUGAUGCUGGCCGAUGGAUUCAUCAAGUGCCUUCACACUUCAUGCUUCAGCUUCUACAGGUCAAUAAUCAACAUGCUCGGACACCUGCGGGCUAGAAGUGGAGACCAUCAAUGCCCAGACGCCAACAGCUGUCCAGGAUGUCAACGCAACAUUAUGUUGAUGAUGAGGCGCACACUUCCCAUAGAGUCUACGAUCAAGUCGUUCGUCUGUCUGCACGAUGGAUGCAACAAAGAGUAUGACAUUUUUACAGAUCUGUCUGAACACUGCAAGAUAGUACAUGGAUGUAAACGGAGGUAUGCAAGUUGCCUCAACGAGCAGACCUAUCGCACCAGAUUCUUCACCGCCUCGCCUGAUGACAAAGAGUCCAUCCAGAUGUUUAUGGCCAAAGGACUUGUCAAGUGUCCACAUUCAACAUGCCACAUAUACUUCAACCAGAAUACAUCAUUGCGGAUACACAACAAAAACCAGCACCCUGGUCUCAAGUUGCCUCCUGGAAUUCUGAAGGCCAAGCACAUCACAUCUGAUGAUGAUGAUGACGACGAAGAUGAUGAUGGUGACGAAGAUGACGAUGAUGAGGACGACGACGACCCAGACCAUAACAUGUUGGCCAACAGCAAGACAUCGACAAUCAGAGAGCCGAAUGGUGCCUCGGACCAGUAUCAAAGAUUUGCCCCAUCUCAAUUGCCAACACGAGGGAUGCACAUUCACCCACCCGCUAUAUAG